AUGUGGCGACGCGGCCGCAUGAGUAGUAUCACCAGUACCGUCACGACGAUGGCAACGACGACACGUCGUCGCGCGAACGCCCGUCGCAUUCUCUCCACGUCUGUACCCUUGCGUCCCUGGAAGACGUCCGUGGUGGAAAGUCACGGCGACUACCGCGCCGAAGCCUGGUUGGAAGACCACGUCGGGGGUGAUCUCUACCGGUACCAGGCCGACUUGCCAAUGUUGCCCGUGCCUACGUUGGCCCACACGCUCGAACGAUUACUCCCCACCGUACUCCCCGUGUGUCGUCACGACGAAGAAAUGGAAUCCCUCCGACAAGCCGUCGACCGAUUUCCCGAACAGGCAAGUACGCUUCAGGAACGGUUGCUCCAUCGACAACAACAACACGAAAACGCCAACUCGUCCUGGUUGCAGCACUGGUGGAACACGCUCGGCUAUUUACAAGUCCGCGAAUCCGUCGUCAUUAACGUAUCCUACUUUUUUCAUCUGGCCGACGACCCUUCCGCCACCACACUCACGCAGCGUGGGGCCGCCCUCUUGACCGCCGCCGCACAGUACCGCCACCAAGUGUGCUCGGGAUCCCUCGCACCCACCGUACUCGGUCGGGGGGAACGGGCCCAGCCACUCUGUAGUGCCGCCUACAAGUACAUGUUCCACGCAUCCCGUAUCCCCCGUCCGCAACAGGAUUCCUACAAAAUUUACGACCCCGCCCGUUACCGACACGCCGUCGUGGCACGGAAGGGACACUUUUACACUUUGAAUCUGUGUGGGCCGGACCACGCCACGCCCUACCCCGUCGCCACCCUCCAAGCCGGAUUGGAACGAAUCGUCGCGCACGCGGACGCCAUGCACGCACACCCGCCACCGCCCCAGCUCGGCUGGUUGACCACGGCCCCACGCGACGAUUGGGCCGCCGCACGCCAAACCUUACUGGAUACGGACCAGCAAUACCAACGAAGCACCGUCUCGGACGCCUUGGAACGACUCGAAAGUGGCGCCGUCUUGCUCUGUCUCGACGACGUACACGCCGUCAGUCGGUUGGAAAUGGGGCAACUCUUACUCCACGGCGCCGGACACAAUCGAUGGUUCGACAAGUCCGUCCAACUCGUUGUUACCGAAAACGGUAAGGCCGGAUUGAUCGGCGAACAUUCCAUGAUGGACGGAAUGCCCAUGGUCGGACUCGCCGAUCACUGUACCAAGGUCACCUACGAACAGUGUCUCCGAAAAAGUCCCACCGGGACCAUGGUACCGGAACCCACGGUGGAACCGAUUUUUAACACCCCCGAGUUCACGCAAAUCUUACAGGAUCCGAUCGUACACAAUCUCGUGGAUCAAGGUACUUGUUGUGUUGCUAAAAUGGACUGUGACGACUGGACCGGCCGCCACGCCAUGCAGUCGCAAAGUUUCCAAGGCUACGGAAGCCAAUUUAUAAAACAGGCCGGUUUUUCUCCGGACGCCUUUGUCCAGAUGGCCAUGCAAUUGGCCACCUACCGACUCUGGGGUGAACAGGCCGGUACGUACGAAGCGACGCAGGUUCGUCCGUUUCGACACGGACGGACCGAAACCACCCGCACCGUUUCGUUGGAAAGUGCGGCCUUUGUCCAACGCCUCGGACUCCGUCCCCAGUACAACGAGCACGAUGCCGAGGUGCGUGGCGAGAAGCUACGGCUGUUGCGCGACGCCGUCCAGGCCCACGUGCGGUACAUUGGUGCGGCGGCACAAGCCCAAGGCGUGGAUCGACACUUUUUCGGACUUUCCAUGCUCGUGGCUGACGGCGAAAAGGCCCCCGAUCUGUACGCUCAUCCCGCCUUUGUACGGGCCAAACGAUGGCGGGUGAGUACCAGUCACCUGACACAUCCCAAGAUUGUCAAUUGGGGCUACGGGGAAGUCGUGCCCGACGGUGUGGGCUUGUCGUACUCCAUUCAUCCGCGCCAUUGCGUCUUUAACGUGACGGCCUUGAAAGAAACCGGAUGGGCGGAGAAGUUGUGCACGCUUUUGGAGGAAAGUCUGCUCGAAUUGCGGACUCUCAUCGAAAUGGAUCAAGCUCCGCCGUCGAGCAAACUGUAA